AGAGGUCACCUGCACAUAUGUCACGUGACACUGAUCCCCAACCUGAAUUGAAAACAUGGAAUCAAGCGCGAUGAGUAGUGCGGUACCUACAAUUCCAAAAGUUUCAUCGGUUCAUCUUACCCUACCGUUGUCAUGCCAAGUUUGCCUCGGAAAGGUAAAAGAUCCUGUGAUUUGUGCUAAUCAGCACGUUUUUUGUGCAAACUGUAUGUCGCAGUGGCUUGAAAUCAGCAAAUCAAACAUGUGUCCCACUUGCAGAAUACCAGUUACAGACAAACAGCCAUUCAAACCAAUCAUAGGAAGCAUGGACAUUUCACCAACAGCUACCAAUAAAGAAAUAAAAGGACAAUUAAGAAGAACAAGGUUCGAAAUACUCUUCCAAGAAUUUGAGAGAGAAAUAAAGACACUAGAACAACGCAUAGAGGAAUUCGAAGAAGAGAACCAGCAUAUUAAAGAAAUCAAUUCUGACCUAAGAAUGAGGUUAGAAUUCGCAGAAACUAAACUGGCCAGCUCUUCACAUGGAAGUCGACAAGAGCUGAAAAAUGGAGAUACUGUUCCCCAAGAUAUCGGCACAAUUUUAAAGCUUUCAUCUCGUUUGCAAGAUACCAUCAAUUUCAACAAUGAAUUGAAAAGCGAAAACAAAAAGUUGAAAAAGCAAUUACAAGAGACGGUCGAGAAAAAUGAAAGCAUCAAAGAAGAAAUGGAAAAAAUGUCAAAUGAAAAUAAUUUCAGCGUUUCACCAAGAAAGUUUUCUAGGUACACGGUUGCUGCCUUAGAAACAAAAGUUGAAAUGUAUGAACGUGAAAUAAAAAGGCUUCAGAUGGCAUUAGAAAGAAGUGAUGAAUAUAUUGAAGAGCUUAAGCAACAGCCAGGCUUUUCUAAGCAAUUUCGUAGUUCUUCUGAUGUACUGGCAAGGUCCAGUGAACGUUCUUAUACUGGUGAAAGUCAUUCUCCUGAGCCUAGCUUCAUAGCAAGCAAUUCCCACACCUCGAAAAUGGACAAGUUGGCUUCUGUCGCACUUGGCACGAGAAUCCCGUUACUAAGCUCAUCAAAUAAUCAGGGACUAGCAGCGAUUUCACCAGCUCAAGGUUACAAAAACUAUAGUAUAUCUCAAAGUGAAAGUGGGGCUGUAUAUCAAUUAGAAGGCAAAUUAAUGGAAAAUGCAGAAACACUGACAACCCCUAGUAGUACCACUCGCUCAAUUUUUGAAGACUCUUCGAAGUUUCCUGCUUGUGCCAAGCUUAUUGAGUUGACAAAAGUGCGUCGUGACCUUUCGGAUAUUCAGCCUGCAGAAAUAAUGCCUGUCGAUUCGUCCAGUGAAAGCUCGGAAACCCGACACGAAAAUACAGAUUUGUCCGAAAAUGUUUGCGAUCUAGUUGCAAGCAGCUCAGCAAAAGAAGAAAUUCCCAGUAGUAGUUGUUCCGAUAAAAGCCAGAAUUUUAAUAGCAGUGAUCCUAAGGCUGGGCAACUGUCACCUCAUGGUACUGCUACAAAAGCUUAUUCUCAAUAUAAUAACUCGCCUGAUGCUGCUUUGUCGCCUAGUCAUAGCAAGACCAGCAACCCACAGGCAUUCUACCGACAGGCGUCUCCCCAGUCUCCAUUGACACAAUCAUCAGCAUACGGACCUCUCAAAACAUCGUACCCUAGCUCAGUUACGUUUCAAAGUAAUGAACUACAGAGCAAUGCCCGGAAAAGUCCCGGAUACAAUUGCACAGCAGCGAAGAAGAUUAAAGUCGAAGAGGAAGAUUAACGAUGCACAUAGCUAGAAGAACCACAAUGUUUUAUUUAUUUAUUAUCAUUAAGGUGAUCACUCGAUACAUAGAUGAUUUGUAAUUUGCAAGUAAGCGCAGUUCUCUGUUAAUGAAUGAUGGGAACCAAUGAUCCACUUUGGUGUUUGAAGUGUGCGGUACAAUUUAUCCUUUCAAUUCGUUUUAUACCUUAAAAUAAUCCCAAAAUACUAACUGCCCUUUUCAUCUUUGUUUCAGCAAUGUAAGCAUAGGCUUUUUUAAUUUGUCCACUCUUUUCCCUUUCGUCCUGUGGCGCUUGUUUUUAUUUCUCUGAAUGUCACUCGAGCAGAACAUUCUUUUUUGCCGACAAACAUUUACAUGACAUACGCAAGUCACUGCUAAAGGUUGUUUGUAAAAAUUUCUUUUUUUCUAACUUAAUGUUGAUAUGAUAGAAACUACUACCACAA